AUUAUCACUAAAAUCUACCAUUAAAUUUAAUAAAACCGUUUUUUGUGAGUGUUAACUUUUAAAACGUUGAAGGUCACCAUGCAUUGAUCAUAAUGAUGCAACAUUAGUGUGUUUUGUUCAUUUUUAUUUAUACUAGUUUUUCUUUUACAAAUUUUAUUAAAUUAGAUGAACGGAGCUAUUAUACUUUUUCAUCGAGUAUUAAUUAAUUUUAAAAUGUAGAUCUCUUAUUAAGUGUUAUGAAGUUUUUAAAAUUCACACACAACGUGCGUGCCAUGAGAAAUAAUUUGUUAUUAAAAUUCGUGUUAUUUACACAUAAAUAUCGUUAUAUUUUUAACGAUAUUUCAGUGAUAAUAUAGAAAUAUCAUAACAAUGGAUUAAAGUAAUUAAUGUCUAUUUAUUGAUAUCUAAUAAUGUCUGCGAAGUAUUCUCAAACUAAGAAGUAGUUACGAAUUAUAAAUAAAGAUAAUAGUUAAUUUAAAAAAAAAAUUUAAUUGGAUAGAUAUAAAAAAAAAUAAUAAAAACAAAAAGAAAGAUAUCAAUUUAUUGUAAAUUAUGAUUUGAUUUAUAAUUAAAUAGUAAUGUGUAUCGUAAAUGAAUUCAUAGUAAUUAUGGAGAAUAUAGAAAAUACAAGUUCGGUUUUUAAAUUAAUAUCAUUAACUGAUUUGCCAAGUAUUGCAACGAACUUUACAUUAAACAGUACGUCUGAAACAGAAACAGAAAUUCCAGAGGAAAGUAAUAAUGUGCAACAAUUAUGGAGUUUACCUAAAACAACCGUGACUUCAUUGGAAGAUACAUCCUUACUAUUUAACACAUCAAGGAGUACUGUACAUGUUGCCACAACAACGUUAGAGUCUGUUGAUGAAUUUGGACCACCAGAAGGGAUAGAAUAUAUUUUUGUACCACUUGGUGUUAUGGUCUUCGUCAUUGUAUUAUCUGCUGUGGUAUUUUUUAUAUCGAGAAAACGAAAGUUGGAACGAUUAAGGCAUAGACUAAUGCCAAUGUACAAUUUCGAUCCUGGAGAAGAAGAGGAAGAUGACUGGGAAACUGAACUAUUGGAUGAAUCUUAUAAUAGUAAUCAUCAAAGACGAACUAAUUUUACAGCAAGGAUACCAAUCCAUGGACGCAGAAGAUAAUGCUGAACUUUUUGGUGAUCAUUGACAGAAUAUCAAUUAUUUUUUUAUCAAUUAUCUUUUACCUUCUCUGCAUUAUUAAUAUAGAUGAUCAUUGAGAUAUGCUUAAUAUAACAGUAUUAAAUUAUAAUGUAAAAAAAAAAAUGAAUUCCAGAUAUAUACAAAGAUAUUGUAUAAUGCAACCGAUAGAAUUAAUAGAUUUUUUAACUAACUACAUUUUUUCUCAUAUCUUCUAAUUGCAGCUUUUAUAGAAAACAAUGUAUUAAAGUACAAAGAUAGUAUUUUAAACUUUUACCUAUUUAAUAAUCAUGGUCUAAAUCAAACAUUAAAAUGUCUGACUUUAGUGCCUUUUGUUGUCUGAAAAAAGCUUUAUAUUAUUUUUAAGUUAUUAUCGAUUACUCUCAUUAACAAAGUAGCGUGAUCAUGAAUAAUUAUUGCAAUUAACAUUGUAACGUUGUAAUCUUAUAUAUAUAAUUCACUCUUCUAUUUUUUCUAUGAUGUAACAAUUGCAUAAAUAUAGUUUCUGUAACAUAA